GGCUAGCAGCUCUCCUCAGUGUAAUUAGUUGAGACGCACCGGCUCCAUCCACAUUACGGUGCCGUUAGAGCGAACCGACCCACCUAAAACUCACAGGCAGACCGCGCACACCACAGGGACACACAGUACCGGCGUCCACUGACCAAACAACUGAAGAUGAUUAAGCUCUUUUCCCUGAAGCAGCAGAAGAAAGACGAGGAAUCUGCUGGAGGAAACAGAACAGGAGCCGGGGGUAAAAAAGCCAGCGCGGCCCAGCUCCGAAUACAGAAAGACAUCAAUGAGUUAAACCUGCCAAAAACGUGUGAGAUCAACUUCCCUGACGACGAUGACCUCCUCAACUUCAGACUCAUCAUCUCACCAGACGAGGGUUUUUACAAAGGAGGAAAGUUUGUCUUCAGCUUUAAGGUAGGACAGGGUUACCCCCACGACCCUCCCAAGGUAAAGUGUGAGACAAUGGUGUAUCACCCCAACAUCGACCUGGAAGGAAACGUCUGCCUAAAUAUCUUAAGAGAGGACUGGAAGCCUGUGUUGACAAUAAACUCCAUCAUCUACGGUCUACAGUAUCUAUUUCUAGAGCCUAACCCUGAGGAUCCGUUGAACAAGGAGGCAGCAGAGGUUCUCCAGACGAACCGGCGGCUCUUUGAGCAGAACGUCCAUCGCUCUCUGAGGGGCGGCUACGUGGGUGCCACCUACUUCGAGAGGUGUCUUAAAUAACUCGGCGUCCCAUGAUCCUCCACCCCUCCCCUUCACUCCUCACCUCCCCCUGCUCCCCCUCUGCCUCACCCCUCCUUCCCCUUUUCCUCAUCAGUCCUGCUCGUUGGCAGAAGCAGGAGCUGCUGCGACAGAAAGCAGCACGCCAGAAGACGCUUUUCUGUUUGAAAACAAAAGAAGACAAAGAACCCCCCCACACCACCACCACCUCCCUUCCUCCUCCUCCCCCCUACCCUCCCCCUCGUCUCCCAUCUCUCUGUUUUACUUCCAAGACGCAGCAUUCAACCGUUUACACGCCACAGGGGGUGAUGCCGAUACAACACACACGUGACUGGACUUGAAAAGACGGCCGACAGUGAGCGGCGGUCGAGGACGACGACGACGAUGAUGAUGAUGAUGAUGAUGAUGAUGAUGAUAAUAAUGAUGAUGAUGAUGAUAAUGGGGACUGAGGGAUGGGGGAGGGGGAGGAGGGGGAGGCAGGUGUGUGUGGUCAGUGAAUGUUGCUCAGGUGAGUCAAUGAUUCAGUGAACGCCACAUCGCUGCUGAGAGCGAUACUGAUGACGAUGAUACCCACAUGAUUUCUUUCUUUCAUUUUGUGUGUGUGGCGUAGACACCUGACAUCAUACAGGUGGUCAGAAGGACACACCCCCCACCCCUCCACCCUCUUGCUGCCAAUUGGUCACAAACUCCAGUCGGCAGCAAACUCCAAACAUUAACAGCGUUCUAGUCAAACAACAGCCUCUGUUCACCCAAAUGUCUCCCGUUGCCCUGGCAACCUGACAGCAGCCAUGGCAACGGUCGCCUUGCAGCAACACAGCGAUGACAAGACUUCAGGAACUGUUGAUCGCCCAGAAAAUAGUUCCAACAGGCAACGAAGCCCCUAAUACCACAAAUCAUCGUAUUCUCAGCUAGUACGAGGGGAGGAGCUUCAGAUCACAAUGGGAGGGGCAUGUCAGUCAGAGUGGGAGGGGCUUGGGGUGAAGAUGAGAACAGAUGCGCCUUAACAACUCCCUCAAAUUGCAAGUUCCCUUAAGGCAAGAUGUUGUAACUCCACAGCUGUAGAUGUAACGGUGGGGAGAGUGGGUGGGGCUUAUUUGUCACAACACAAUCAGGCACGCCUUAAAGAAAGAUGGAAACAUAGAUUUAAGCCUGAGAUGACUCCACAGCUCUAUAAUGGUGCUGGGGGAGGAGCUUGUUAUAGUAGGAGGGGCUUAUGAUAAUUGUGGGAGGGGCUUGUUGAGCUUCUGGGUUACAACAGGUGCAGACGUGCUUUAAACAGUAAGAUGUCGAUGUUUUCUACCUGCUACAACUCAAUGGCUGGAGAUGUGAUGAUGUCAGCGCUGGAGGGAGGAGCUUGUUUCCGUGUGGACUGAAGUGGAUCACUGUGGGAGUGGCUUGUUAGACCCACUGUAAAAUCAAUGCAGGUUUGUCGAACUGCAGUAACUCUAGAAGUAAAUUGAAAUCUGGCUGCAGUUGAUCACGACACUGUUGAUCAGUUGCAGGUGUGACUCUUCACCUGACCAGACGCACAGAUGUUGUUUGUUUAGAUCACGCCAGAAUUUAUCAGUUUGGAGUUUGCUGCUAAAUUUACACACACACACACACACACACACACACACACACACACAGAGCAUCAGGGGCGGAGCUAUGUUUCAUGUGGGCGGUGCUGUUGUGGGGGCGGGGUGUUCAGUGUGUUUGUUUAAA